GUUCAUUUCAGGCAACAGAAGCAGAACGAGAAAGGUCCUACGUUUUCAAAAGUCCGAAUUGAUCAUCAUGCAGAGGACACUGCGCAGUAAUCCCAAUCGCUUGGACGAUGAUGCAACCGAACUAGACUAUCUCCAAAAACAGCUGGGCCGGAUGGACGGUCUCUCAGGCAAACUAGCGAGUAUUAUGCAGGCCAAACGUGUUUCGACAGCAGAAAUGAGUGACACUGACCAUGAAUUAGGUUGGAAUAUUGGAUAGCUUCGAUGACCGACUUUUACGACUGGAAACUUCUAUGCUGCCCAUCCAUAAAUCCACCCAGAAUCUAACUCGUCUCGCCAACAACAUUGAUGCAACCCUCAAAGCAACAGAAAGUGUGGUGGACUGCUUAAAUCUACCGAGUAAAGAAGAAGCUUAUAUAUUAAAGGGUCCAAACGAAAACAACGUGUUGCCUUACUUGCAAGCGAUGGGUAAACUCAAGGACGCCGUGGAUACCGUCGAAAGGAGCCAACUGCGAUCAGUGGAUAAGGCGGUUCAUCAGACGAAACAGCUAUUGAAAGCGGGAAUGCUGCAUCUGGAAACUCUAUUCCGUAAAUGGCUUACUUCCUUGAGCAGUCCAAUGGAUGUCGAUACCAUGCUCAACUCCCAUCGGGAUUUGAUGAACUCCCAUUCCAUGAAACAGUUGACACAACUAUCUACGUAUAUCGCUACUUCGGAACAGGAGAUCGGUUAUACUGUUGAUUUUACCAAACCUUACAUUGAAAUCCGAUCUGCUUAUUUGACAAAGUCGCUUCAUUCCUUGGCACAGUCUGUGCAAGGGUCCGAAAAACAUCAAGGUGCAUCCUAUGAAAAAGGGUCGAGCGAAUUUCUCAAGUACAUUGAAUGUUUUGUUAAGAUGGUCAAGGCUGAAUGCGAGUUUGCAGAAAAAAUCCUGGGUAACCGAUCACGGCGAGCAGCGGCUUUACAGGGCAGCAUUGCCCCGGCCUUGUCAGAGUUUACAGCUGCUGGUCGUCAAGUGAAUGCUAAUGCCAAGCGACUUUUCUAUGGAGAUGCGGUGUUUGUAUUCGACAUCCUCGAGAAAUACGAGAAGGAUUACUCCUCCUUGUGGGGCGAUUUGGGCGAGGAAAUCAGCUUGCCCCAACUGACUGAACUGGCUUCUGCGUUCAAGUUAACGGCGUUACGAUGCUUUUAUGACUUUAUGGAGGACGUCAAAGGCAAAAAGGAGAAUAACGCUUUCCUCAACUUGAGUAACGAUGGUACCGUUCACGAAUUGACAAGUAAUACAUUGAACUAUUUGAAACGUUUAUAUGUGUGGCGAGAAACAGUGGAGCCUCUGCUUGUUGCGUUGGGCGAUGAUGGAUGGCAUAACCCGAUAUCUCCUUCCGUGCUUAAUAAUCAACGAGGACCUUCCGGUGAAUCAGCAAUGGGAGCUGCCCUAUUGCAGAAAUUCUUUGUGGAUGCCUUGGAUCAAUUGACGAUAUCUUUACAAACCAAAUCUCGCGGUUACAAGAAACCUACCUUGGCCACAAUCUUCUUACUGAAUAACUACAAUCAUAUCCUGCGCCAAAUUCGGUCGCCACCUUUGAAUAUGGUAUUUGACGAAGGUACAGAGAUGAAGUUUGGUCGUCUCGUGAAAAAACAGCUGGACAGUUAUCAAGAAUCAUGGAAGCCGUGCGUGGAGAAUUUGAUGGAUGUUACUUACGUCCGGGGAGGAUCGAUAAAGAAUGCGAUGGGCAGCGCGGAACGUCAGCUGAUCAAAGAUCGUUUCAAGAACUUCAACACAGAGUUUGAUGAGACAUGGCGCGCUCAAACCACUUAUGCCAUUCCGGAUGCGGAGCUGCGAAAUCAAGUAAUUCGUGACGUGAAAAAUGUCAUUGUCCCCAUGUACGGACGAUUCCUUGACAAAUACCAAGGAACGGAUUUUACCAAAAAUCCUGCCAAAUACAUCAAGUACGAUAAAGACAAAUUGGACAAGAUGAUAGGUCAUUUGUUUGAACCAACCGCUUAAUGAACAUUUAUUACAAAUUAUCAACGAUUCCCCGUAUAAGAUUUUGUUUGCCCCUUUCAAGCAUAAAUGUGAACCUACAGUUUAUGAUGUAUCGCGAACCGUGAAUGCUUAGGAGCAUAUACUACAUUACAUUAUAUAUGCAUAUAAACCUGCGAAGAAUAGUACAGACGAAGAGUUAACUAUAAACAAAAUAAAAUAAAAUAAAAAAC